AUGAGCGACCAACUCGAGCAGGUGCGCGAGCGCUGGAAUGCGUUCGCCCCUCGCUUCACCGAGACGGCGAACAGGCGCAUGACGCUGCAGUGCUCGCAGCACUUGCACUCGCACAUGCAGCUCGACUGCGCGCAAAACGCCAAGCGGACGUUCACGGUCACGGACCUGUCCCCCGUGAUGGUCGGACUGGCCGAGAAGAACUUGAGCGGCGUGGGCUCGGCCAACGUUGAGAUCAAGUGCCGGGAAGCCAAUGGUCAGGACCUGGUGGGGGUGGCCACGAGCUCAGUGGACCGCUACAUUGCCAGUCUCUGCAUCCAGCUCGCCCCUGACCCAGACGCCAUCCUCCGAGAGGCCAACCGCGUCUUGACGUCCGACGGCAUCGCGGGGUUCACUAUUUGGGGGUCACCGGAGCGCAGUGGCAACUUCACCAUUGCCUCCGCCGCUAACAAGGAAAUGGGCUUCGAGGAGGGCGCGGGCGAGCACUCGAACUUCGCCAUGGGCAAGGACCUCCCUGCGCUGCGCCAGCGGUUCGCAGCGGCUGGGUUCACGCGCGUGCAGAUUUGGCCGUUCCAGUGCGUCGUGGAGCUCUGGAGCGGCGAGGAGUUCGCCAAGUUCCUCGAGAGGACGCACCCGAUGGAGGACGGGGCGCUGCGGGCCAAGCACCACGCGAUCGUCACGCGCAUGGCCGACGAGUGGCUCGCCAAGGGCACUCCGAUCGGCCUGGAGACCUACAUCAUCCUCGCGCGGAAGUGA